AUGUCCCAACGAAAGGAGAAUGAAACCGAAAAGGCAAAAAGUAAUGAUGAAUCGGAUAAACCUACUGAGCCAGAAAUCGUAGCUGGAGAUGAAGCUAAAAAGGAAAAACCAUAUGUACCUCCACCACUAUAUAAGCCACCUAUUCCAUUUCCUCAAAGAUUAGCUAAGUCUAAAACUGAAGGACAAUUUAAGAAAUUUGUAGAACUUCUGAAGCAAUUAAACAUAAAAAUACCAUUUACAGAAGCCAUAACACAAAUGCCAUCUUAUGCCAAAUUUCUUAAAGAUAUACUAUUUAAUAAAAAGAAACUUAAGGACAAUGAAACAGUGAUGCUUACUGCAGAAUGUAGCGCUAUUAUCCAAAACAAUAUGCAACCUAAGCUGAAAGACCCUGGUAGUUUCUCCAUACCUUGUGUAAUUGGAAAAUUGGUCUUAGACAAAGCACUAUGCGAUUUAGGAGCUAGCGUAAUUUUGACGCCCCUUUCAAUCUGUGAAAAACUUCAAUUAGGCGAACUAAGACCAACUAGAAUGUCUUUACAAUUAGCUGAUCGCUCUAUGAAAUACCCUGUAGGUAUGCUAGAAAACAUUCAUGUUAGGAUAGGCCAAUUUUACAUUCUCACAAGUUUUAUCAUAAUGGAUAUCCAAGAAGACUCUAACAUUCCAAUCAUAUUAGGAAGACCUUUCUUAGCCUCUGCUGGUGCCAUCAUCGAUGUGAAACGAGGUAAAUUGACUUUUGAAGUCGAAGAAGAGAAAAUUGAAUUCAUUCUUUCUCAAUUCCUUAAAGCCCCUGGUAUAGUAGACACAUGUUGUUUUAUUGACAUCAUCGAUGAAUGUGUGAAGGAAAUAAAGUCAAAACCACCAAAGGAUACUGAAGUCUUAAGAAUUCCGAUACCGCCUAUUUUCUAA